CUGUCUUUAUUUUUUCUUGAAUGCCUAGGGCGCUGGUAUAUCCGGGAAGGCUGGCUUUUGGUUGUGCCCUCAAAGGGCGAAGAAUUGAAGCGCAGGAUGUUCUUCCUUUUUUCUGAUAUCUUUAUUUCAACAAAGCCCUGCCACCCACUGCACCUGCUGAACUCCAAUAAAUUUGCCUGCACAGCUGUCUAUCCCCUUCACCAGUGUGUAGUGGACAAAGUAUUUGGCCACACUCAGAGUGAGGGAGGGCUCCUCAGUCUUUCCUUCCCACACAAGACACUGUUGUUGAUGUCCACUGACCAGCAAGAUAUUAAUGACUGGCACCAGAGUCUUACAACUGCAGUCAGGCAGCUGAAAGCCUGAGCCAUCUGUGUACAAGACAACCUAGCAGGAUGACUGCCUCUCUUGAUAGAAGCCAACAUAAAUUCGGAAGCAUUCAGGGAUGUACAAUAGGAGAGCUGUGUUAGAGGAACACUGAACUUGUGAGAUUAGGAAUGCAUUAAACACCUUUAGGAAUGCAUUAAACUCUCUUAAACACCUGGGCAAAAAAUGAUUAUGCACAAUCAAUUUGUACAUUAAGAAAACUUUCCCCAACUUAUCUUACUACCUUCUAGCUUCUCUACCCUUUUUCUCUUGAGAUUAUUAAAUCUGAGUCCAACUAGAAGAAACCUUCACUUGCUUGCUCUCAUUAAACAUUUUUUUAUCCAAACCA